AUCUAUCUCUCUUUUCAAUCACCCUUCCUCGAAAGACAAGCCAGACAGAGAGAUACAGGGGCCAGGAGUCAAAGGAAGCUACGGAUCCAAGGAAAGCAAAGAAGCUAGGGAAGCAGGAGCGAAUAGGGAACAACAGGACAGUAGAAUGGACGUGAGCACAGCCAUGGAUAUCGACACCGCGGAUCCACCCAUACAGCAACAACAACAACAACAACAACAACAACAGCAACAAAAACUCACGAAACUCACCCGCCUCUGCGAUGCUCAGUCAGAGCACUUUUACAUCUACCUUACAGUAGAUGGAUUUCAACGACCAAGGACCAGACGCCACGUCUUCCAGAGCCAAAACUGCGACAGCUCAUCAACUCUCCAUCCUGACCUUCCGUAAGAUGCUCUCCAGUGCCGUCCAGGAUCUCUUUGGCACCGCUAUGGGCGGAGGAAUCAACAUAGAUAUCCUCGGAUUCUGGACCGACCAGAUUAAGGACCCUUUCAACCGCAUGACCACGUCCAUCUCCGCCUCUCCAGCAGUAACAAAGACAGCAACUUCGCCAACAUCUGUUGCUGCAGAUACCUCAAUACCCUCGUUACCAUCAUCGCCAUCCGAAACAGCAACCAUUGUUUCAACCAUAUCUACCUAUUCGAAUAUGACCGCUGCUUCUGCCGUCCUGCGCUGCCACUCACUCGAUUUCAACCAGCUCUGGAAUGCCCUCACGCUCUUCAACGCCCUCGUCGACGACCGCGAGUCCCGGUUUGAGGUCCGCUACGUUUCCUCGACCUUGCUCGGUUUACAAGCAAACUCCCGCCAACUGAAAUGGCCCAAGUAAAAACACUGCGUAGUGCUUGACCUUCUUUUCUCCUCAUCUUUUUACGUUCUUUGGACCGAAUACAAUAAAUCCAAGGCAUCUAUGUCGUCUGUUAUAGAGCUACACGAGUGUAGCAAAGAACACUGGUUGGCAAUGAUACAUUAUAGGAUUCGCAUCGUUUCUUUCGAUUGAGUAAGGGUUACAGCAGUGAUUGC